AUGUCCAAUCUCCUCGCCAUUGCCGUGCACUUCUUCAAGCGCCAAUUUCGAUCCAUCCCUGUCCCCAUAACCUCGUACGCUGGCCGCACCGUUAUCGUCACGGGCGCCAACGGAGGCCUGGGUCUUGAAUCGGCACGGCACUUCGCCCGCCUAGGCGCCGCGCGCGUGAUCCUCGCCUGCCGAAACACGGAGCGCGGCGAGGCCGCCAAGGCCGAUAUUGAGCGGACACUCACCCCGUCCUCUACAAUACUAGAGGUAUGGCCGCUUGACCUCUGCUCCUUCGACAGCGUGCGAGCGUUUUGCCGACGCGCGGAUAAGGAGCUCGACAGGCUGGACGUCCUGCUGGCGAACGCCGCCGUACUCAGCAUUGGCUCUCCCAAGAUGGCCGAGGGGUAUGAAAUGCAGGUGCUUGUCAAUGUCAUCACAAAUUUUCUGAUGGUGCUUAUGUUGCUGCCGUUGAUGAGGAGCACAGCGGCGAGGUGGAACGUUGAACCGGCUGUUACGGUGGUGGCGAGUGAGGCGCACUUUUUUACCAAGUUUGUUGAAAAGGACCAGCCGAGGAUUUUUGAGUCCUUUCGCCCUGGCCGCGCUAUGCACGACCGCUAUGGGACUACCAAAUUGCUUGAUAUCCUCCUGGUGCAGGAGUUGGCCGAGCGCCUUGACGCCGCCAGUGCUGGAUCCAGCCCCAUUGUGGUCAACACGGCAAACCCUGGGCUAUGCGAAUCCAGCCUGUUCAGGGACAUCCACACUAUCGGCCAGUUCUUGUUGUCCGUUGCCAAACUUUGCAUUGGCCGCACGAGCGAGGAGGGUUCGAGAGCGCUGAUGGCUGCGGUCGCUGGGGGACGGGAAAGCCACGGAAAGUACGUCGACAGCGGCAAAGUGGACGACCCAAGCCCGUUCGUGCUCUCCGAGAAGGGCAAGGAAGUGCAGAAGAAGGUGUGGGACGAGUUGGUCACGCUAUUAUCAUGGUAUGAAGACAUUGAGACGCUCGUCUCUGGCAAUGUCACUCAAGUCGUCGGACGACCAUGUUUGUGA